AUAAGAGAAAGCUUUUGUUGCAGCUUAACCGUAACCAUGGUAAUGUCUUUCAUUCACACGCGAGAUUGCAAGAAUCCUACUGAAAGUUGUGUAGUGUAAUAUUCAUAUUAUGUUAAUUAUGAAGACAAUACAGUAAACAGCAGCAAGACAAUAAACGUUUGGUUGUUGUCUAAAGUGAGCGGUACUUUACAAAGACGUUUUAGGUGGCGAGAGCCCCUUUUUGUAUCAGGACAGUCAGUGUUUACUGCAGUGCAAAGGCUCCCGCAGCUCGUUCCCGUGGGCGCGUUCUCGCGCCAGAAUUCCAGGCUCGGGCUUCCGUUGAGCGCGGGCUCGAGAAGCAGCGGGAACGGCGCUGCCUGCUGGACACAGAUUAGAAUAGAACAAAACUCCCGUGCGGUUGUCUAACCAUACAGCAGAAUCCACGUGACACUUAUACGAAUGUCAUUUGAACUGUAUCCCAAUGUUGUCGCCUGGACGUACGAGUGAUUUGCAUUGAUACAAAGCGGAUUCAGUUGAUGACAGAUGAAUUUGGGAGACGCAACGACCAGACCUCCUGUAGGGAGGAGAAUGAAGGCCCAGGCUCCCCCUCCACCAAGGCCGCCCCAGCCUGCCCCCCGCAGGAUCUUCCGUAAUGCGGUCCCUGACGGAGGAGGAUCUUCGGGGGGAGACUGCAAGGAAAACAUGCUUCGAUCUUAUGUGGAUCUUCAUAUUAGUCUUCCCACAGGGUACCAGACCACCAUCAAUGUGGAUGGCAGAAAAGCUCUGAUGGAUCUGCUGGUGGAUCUGUGCAGUCAGUACCAUCUGAAUCCAGCGUAUCACACUCUGGAGCUGUUGUCACCCGAUGCUCAGCCCGUCAGCUUUAAGCCCAACGCCCUGCUGGGUGCCCUGGAUGUCUCCUGCGCCCUGAUCAAAGAACGAGUGCUGGAGGACAGGGUGAUUCGGAAACCUCCACCUAAAGUGCCAGAGAAAACCGUGCGAUUGGUAGUGAACUAUCACCGCAGCCAGAAGGCCGUGGUUCGAGUAAAUCCAUUAGCGCCCCUGCAGACCCUGGUGCCUGUGAUCUGUCAGAAGUGUGAGUUUGAUCCAGCCCAUGUCCUGCUCUUCAAAGACAAUAUCAACCACCAACAACUGGACUUGGACAAGUCUCUGAGCGAUCUGGGUAUCAGGGAGCUCUAUGUCCUGGAUCAGACAUUAGCUGAAUCUCUCCGCUCCAAUAGUCUGAGUGGAUCCGAGAAAAAGGGUCUGCUGGGCUUCCUCAAGUUUAAUCGCAGGAAAUCAAAGGGUAUGUCUGUGGUGGCAAGUGGUCCAUGUGUGGAGGCCCGUCCCAGCACUCUGGGUCAAUCUCAGUCUGUGAUGAACAUCUCCAAGAUGUCCCCGAAAGUGGAAUUAAAGAAACGCAGAGCUCCAGCACCCCCACCAGCUCCCACACAGACUCUACCACCAACAUCACAGAUAAGCCUUGGCUCUCCGUCCUCACAUAAUCUACUUAAGAAGCGGAAGGCUCCAGCACCUCCACCUACACCACCACCUAGUACACCCGAGCCAGAUAUUUCCACCUACGUGCCUACUGCAACUGUGCAGGAACACUACAUCCCAGCGUCGGUUGAAAGGACUCCCCGAGCCUCAACUCCAGCUGACGACUCUGAUCUGAGCCAUAGCAUUGAGGAUUCAGAGCCAGCCAGGUCCAUCUGCAGUAGCUCCAGUGGUGAUGAUGCAGCAGCUGUAGGAUCCAGCAGUAGCAGCCUAGCUGAAGAACCUGUGACGCAUCGAGCUGAUGUGAUAGCUCCAUUCACCACUUCUACGCCAGAACCCGAACCCAAACCAGAAUAUGAACCUGAACUCAAGAAAGAAGCAAGUCCUCGCUCUACACCUGAACUAGAACCGGGUCCACGUCCAGAGGUUCCAGCUGCAGAAGACCUAGAGGUAGAGAUGGAGCUGAAAAUGGAGGAGACGGAGAAUAACCGUCAUAGUGGAAUAGCUUGGCUACAUUCAGCUCACGAGUCUGUGUUAGAAAGGAGAGUACAGCAGGAAGUGGAAACAGUGUCUGUGGCCAGCAGCGAGAGUUUUGCAGACCAUGGAUAUGCCGCAUCAGAGGACAUGGCAGAGGAGUCCGGCCCGGUCUCUCCCUCUGAAAGAAUGCAAUCUGUGUCACCCAUGGACAUCAUGUCUCUAAACAGUGACUCAACUCUGCCUGUGAAGCAGUCUAAAGAGUCUUCCAGCGAUAGCGAUGAGGGAUGUGCAACUUGGGGCUCUAGACAGAGUGGACAUAUUCAGGAUGGACAAAAGUCAAUUAAGAGACAAAAUGGAUAUGAAGAAGAUCCAGAGAUUACAGCUCAGAUCCACCUCACCCUGGCCGACUUAGAUGCAAAUCUGGCUGACAUGAAUCACUCAGAUGGAGCGUCUGUAUUUGUGGAUGAUGAAAUACCCGUGUCCAUUGUUGACAUGGACAUUCCAGUAACAGCCAUUGAUGAAGUUCUUGAUGAUGACCAGUGCAGCGCAAGCGAGUGUGAGUCAGUAUUGUUGCGCAGUACUCAAAGCAUCUCUAGCCAACCGUGCACACCGUGUGGAGUUAUCCAAAACAAAAACAACAAUGCCUGUCUAACAGAGGAGAAACACAGAAGCCCAUUCCCAGACAUAGAGAAGCAGUUACAAACGGCUACACUCACUGUUAUUGACAAACCCACCAUCCAGUCUCCGACCAGCAAAAAGCCUUCACAAGAUGCUAAGAUCACGGAUAAUAUGGAACAGAAGACCACAUUCAACUCUGAGGCUAAGAGUAAAUCUGAAACCGUUGAACUAACGAGUCAGAAAGACACUGUAUUACAGAAGUCCCAAAGUUUUGUGCGUCCUGAUGUGCAAAGCGUUCAAAAGGAAAGGACGUCUAGUACCAGAGUCCUGCCAACUCAGGGUAAGAUUACCCUAAGCUCUUUCUCUCGCUUUGGAAUGAAAACCUUCACAGUCAUCCCUCCGAAACCAGCUGUGUCCCAGACCAAGCCCGCAGGCUCUCUAGUCACAGGUGCCAUUAAGAUUGAUGAACAGGGCAACAUGGUUACACAGAGACAGAUUUCCUCUGGUCCAGAGAAAAAUAACACUCCCAGUGUGGAUACUACUAGAGCAGACAAAACCCCACUGGUCAAAGCCAAAGCCUUCUGGAGCACUACAGAGAAGCAAGAGAAAUCAACUACAGCCAAAACAGAACCCAUCGUAAACAAUGGAGAUACCGAUGUGUUCAAGGCCUCGGCUGUGACUGGAAGCUUUAAACUUUCACCUCCCGAGGAAACACACAAAGAGGUCAUUAUAGUGGAAAGGAAGCCCAUAUCUGGGGUGGCAAGUAAGCCUUCUUUCUCAGAGAAUCAUGCAGAAAAGCGUGACCUCUCGUUUCUUAUACCUUCCAGAAGAACCUCCAGCCAAUAUGUAGCUUCUGUCAUUGCUAAAAACAAUAAAAACAGUAGCAUUCCUAAAACUAAGAUCGAUACCACGCCGGCACCGUUGUCUAUCAGUGGUGUUCAAAACCCUGUCAAUCAACUGUUAAAUAAUGAGGUUAAACCUACAAGCAUUCAUAAACCUGCUGUCACAGUCAAACCCACUGAAAAUCCAGUGCCUUCUUUUAGACCUAAAUGCCUACAAAGUUAUGUUGCAGAAAAGCCGACAAGUUCUGAGAGGAUAAGCACUCUGCAUGGGGGCGACAGAACCAAAUCUCUGGAUUCACAACCCUUAAGUAUCAAAAUCCAGCCUUUCCCACAUGUGUCUGCUCACAUUAAAUCCUUCUCUGAAGAAGCCACAUCAAUCAAUAAUUUCCCAGACACCUCCUCUGCCCGACAGACGCCAACAGACACCACACACCCACCACUUGCAAAAAAGCCAGAGUUACACAAAUCUGAGAUUCCAUCUGAACCAAACCAGGGCAAUGUGUUUGGGCCGGUUAAGAAGUUCAAGCCGGUUAUUUUUAAGCCUGUCCAACAGGAAACUUCUAUCCAUAGCUCGCUGAUGGAGGCCAUUCAAUCUGGAGAGGGCAUUGAACGCCUCAGAAAGGUGUCCGACUUGCCUACCAGCUGUACAGUUAAGAAGCCAUCGUACAAUGAUCCAGAGAAUGAGCGUUCAGCACUUCUUUCAGCAAUAAGAGCUUCAAGCACCUCAGCUAAACUUAAGAAGACCAAAUCAGUAGCAUCAAAGGAGUUGGAGCAGCUCAGGAAGGUGGAAGAAGACAGAAAUGUCCACACAGAAGUCAUCUCACCUCGUCCCACAUCUCCUGAUUUUGUGCCACCUCUACCUCCUUCCUUUAGUCCUCCUCCCCCACCUCCUCCACCUUUAGCUCCAGCCAAACCUCCUGUAGUGCUGCCUCCAGGAGGAAACCCAGAGGCGGCCAGGGAGGCUCUUCUGGAGGCCAUUCGCUCAGGCUCUGGGGCUCAACGGCUAAGGAAGGUCCCUGUCACACAGACAAGAAGGCAAGUGAACGGGAGACUUGGCACCAUUCAAGCAACAUCACCCCUCUCUUACGGGCACUAAACCUUCAACUGGGAUCACCAUUUGGGUUUUCACAAACUCAUCGCCAAAUCUGAGUGGUAGUAUUAAUGCUAACGCUGUUGCAACAGCCAUCACAGCCUUCUUUAUUUAUAGUGAUAUGCUGCUUCACAUCCGUGCCAAUACUAAUUAACUUAGAUAUCCAGGAGUUUAUGUCCAGCUGCUGACAAGUAAUGAUUUUUUUUUCAUGCGUCUGCCUGACUUCUAUACUUUAUAUCAGUAUUAUACCUGAAUAUAUUAUGCAGGUAUUUUCUGUUGCAUCAGAGUAUAAAGUUGGUGGGCUGCAUUUUUGUAUCCACCUGCCAAUUACAGCAGCUUACUAUUUGUGUUUAUUAUUAUUAAUAUUAUUAUUAUUAUUUUAAAAGAACACUAAGUGGUAAAUUGGAUGCUGAAGGAUUAUUUUUUAAAUGUAAAAAAAUUAUUUUAAGGGCAUUUCGUUAAUAAAUCAUCACCUCCAAGUCCGAGGCCAUGGUGCUCCACCGGAAAAAGCUGGUUUGGGGCAGGUUGGAGAAAAUUCCUUACCCCAGGUGGAGGAGUUCAAGUAUCUUGGGGUUUUGUUCAUGCGUGAGGGAAGGAUGGAACAUGAGAUUGACAGGUGUAUUGGUGCAGCGGCAGCACUAAUGGGAUCGAUGUAUCGGUCUGUUGUGGUAAAGAAGGAGCUGAGCCGAAAGCCAAAGCUCUCGAUUUACAAGUCAAUCUACGUUCCUACUCUCACCUAUGGCCAUGAGCUUUGGGUCAUAACCGAAAGGACAAGAUCUUGGAUACAAGCGGCUGAAAUGAGUUUCCUUCGCAGGUUGGCAGGGCGCACCCUUGUAGACAGGGUGAAGAGCUCUGUCACCCAGGAGGAGCUCAAAAUAGAGCUGCUGCUCCUCCACAUCGAGAGAAGUCAGCUGAGGUGGCUUGGGCAUCUGUUUCAGAUGCCUCCAG